AUUGGUUUAUCUGACACACUCCCAUUUGUCUUUAAAUCACUGUCCAACUGCUCCAGGCUGCACAUGAGCAAAUUUUUCAUUACAGGUAAAACUCAUAGAAGAUAUAUGCUGCUUAGCAAGAGAGCAAGAGAACCUGCUUGACUCAGAGAACAAACUGUUCUGGCAGUCCUGCAUGGUAGAGAGGACUCACAAGCAGACUGUGCAGUGCUGUUUACCCUGAAGAAGUGAGAGUGCAUUCUGGAAAGCGCUGAUCACUUUAAUGGAUCGCAUGGAGCUGCAAAAAGUCAACAUUGAACUUGAUGAUCAGAGCAACAGUGGGGAAAGCCUUGAAGACAACUACACGGAGAUGGUUGAUUCAGAAAAGGCUACAAUUAGGAGUCCAUUUUCUAGUGAUGAUGCAGAAAGUCAGAAGUUCCUUACAAAUGGAUAUCUGGGUAAAAAGAAACUGGAAGAAUAUAAUGAAGAAUAUCACCGGGGCAGAACUUCCUUUGGAAUGUCUUCAUUCAACCUCAGCAAUGCCAUUAUGGGCAGUGGCAUCUUAGGACUCUCCUAUGCCAUGGCCAACACAGGAAUUAUCCUUUUCGUAGUUCUGCUGCUCAGCGUAGCAAUAUUAUCACUCUACUCAGUCCAUCUCUUACUGAAGAUAUCAAAAGAAGGAGGAUCAUUAAUAUAUGAAAAACUGGGAGAAAAGGCAUUUGGCUGGCCUGGGAAGUGUGGUGUUUUCAUUUCUGUUACAAUGCAGAAUAUUGGAGCAAUGUCAAGCUACCUCUUUAUUAUUAAAUAUGAACUUCCUGAAGUGAUCAGAGCAUUUAUGAAACUUGAGGAGAGUUCUGGAGAAUGGUACCUAAAUGGGAACUAUCUUGUCAUUCUAGUAACAGUUGGGAUUAUUCUUCCUCUCUGCCUUCUAAAGAGUUUAGGUUAUCUUGGUUAUACAAGUGGUUUUUCGCUGACCUGUAUGGUUUUCUUUGUCAGUGUGGUAAUCUUCAAGAAAUCCCAAAUACCUUGUCCUCUCCCCAUCAUGGACCACGGAACUGAAAACUGGACAGCCACCAACAACACAGUGCCAAUGCACCUGGUCAUGUUACCAAAUGAGUCUUUCAAUUCUGGUGUGAAUUUCAUGAUGGACAACACAGCUGGGCACUUGCCUGGCCUUGAGGAGCCAAAAGAUACCUCCUUCAAAAGUGGUGUAGAAUAUGAAGCACACAGUGAUAUUAGUGAUACGUGUCAGCCAAAAUACUUUGUGUUCAACUCACGGACUGCCUAUGCAAUACCCAUCCUGGCAUUUGCAUUCGUAUGCCACCCUGAGGUGCUACCAAUAUACAGUGAACUGAAAGAUCGCUCCCGAAAGCGCAUGCAGAAUGUCUCAAAUAUCUCCAUCACUGGCAUGCUUAUCAUGUAUCUUCUGGCUGCCCUUUUUGGAUAUCUCACCUUCUACGGAGAAGUUGAAGAUGAGCUACUCCAUACAUACACCAGAGUGUAUACAUUUGACACUCUCUUGCUGUCUGUUCGCCUGGCAGUGCUGGUGGCUGUAACCCUGACUGUGCCCAUUGUCCUUUUCCCUAUCCGUUCAUCUAUCAGUGAGUUGCUGUUUCCCAAAAGACCAUUCAGCUGGAUAAGACAUUUCCUGAUUGCAGCAGUGAUUCUUGCUUUUAAUAACCUGCUUGUAAUUUUUGUCCCAACUAUUAAAGACAUCUUUGGAUUUAUUGGUGCCUCUUCUGCUACAAUGCUGAUUUUCAUCCUCCCUGCUGCCUUCUACCUGCGGCUUGUUGAGAAGGAGCCCCUGAGGUCUCCCCAGAAGAUUGGGGCUCUAAUUUUUCUCAUAAUUGGCAUAAUCUUCAUGUUUGUAAGUAUGACACUUAUUGUAAUCGACUGGAUUUACAAUCCCCCAAGUUCCAGACAUCACUAACCUGCGGAGACAACUGAGCUGUUUUUUAUACCAUGAAUAUUUGUAUUGUGUGCUCCAAGGGGCACCUAAAUGGGACUGUUAUUCCUGGCUAGCAACUGCAGUAUUUUGAAGACAGUUUCUGGUAAGGUCACUAGAACCCGAUGGAGUCUACAUCAUCCUUUUCAGUAAGGAUCGUUAUUUAUGUAUUAGGAACCUGAGUCUAUUAUUUUGGACAGGUGAAAUGAAAUGCGUGGCGUGGAUGUUUUCUGUUUCCAAAAACAGAAUAACUGUGUACAUAGUCCUAAAAAAAUAGCUUGGUGUUACCUUUUUCAACCUCUCCCAUCUUGCUAAUAACCACAGUGCCAAUGGCCCUGAAAAGGUCAUUAAUGGCCUGAAAAACAGCUAGUGCCUUCUUUUCUAUCUGAAGCCCAUGGAAGUGGCUGCCCAGCUCCAAAAGAAAGAGUACAGUUUCUGUAGGGAUCUGAAAGGUGAUUGCUUCCUACCACCCUGUCUCUCAGAAAGAUGAUGGCUUUGACAAGUCACUGGACAAAGCCGAGCCUCAGAUUUGUUGCCCGUAUUCAUCACCUUUGGCAGGUGGCAGCUGUUGUACAGAAUAAAGCCCUCCGGCACAGGCCAUGUGCUGGGGGAUGUGCUUGAAGAACGGUUGAGCAUUCGUGUUUUGUUGUUAAAGAAGCUUGUGCUGGAAAUGUCAGGCAUUUCUGCUGUGGGGGAUUUAUGUUUUCUUUACUUUUUUAAUUCUUGUUAAAACUUGCAUCACUGAACAAGUUUUAUCCUCCAUAAAAACUUGUCUUCCAUUCUUAAGGGAACUUAAGGAGACCACAAGGUGUGACAAAACACUCUAUCCAGUAUUGUUCGGUACUUAUGUAUUUGAUAAAAGUUCAGUGCAGGAAACUGUGAUUUGCUAUAUAUAAAAAUAUAUGUAUUUAUGUACAUUUUUUUUUUCCUGUAGCUAUAAAAAUGUUACCCUGUGGUAAAUAAUUUUUGAAAAAAAAAAUGUAUAUGUCACUCUGUUUUCAUAGUCACACACUCAUUAUUGUUUUGAAGAAAACAUAUUGGAUUGGUGGGUUUCUAAAAGGUUCAUUUUUAUUUAGAGGUGUUUGAAGUACACCUAUAGCAAGCCCUAGUUGUUACCUGUUUAAAAACACAUUCAGAUGUUUACUACUCAUGUUACAAUAAAUUGCAAGAUGUUUUCCUCUUAAGAAAUUUUAGUAUGUGCCUCAAAGUUCUGUAUUACCAUUGUAUACCAUAAAUUUGGGCAAUUUGCUCUGCUGCUGCAACUUGUCUAUGCAUGCGCUAGCAUUCAGCAACGUACAUAAUUAAGGUAUGCAAAGGAAAAGACAUUACUGACAAUUUCAAGUGUAUCAUGCUAUGCAGCUGUGCAAGACAGAAAAAAAACCCCAAACAGUUAAGUUCUCUGUUAUAUGGACGCUUAAUUAACAGUGCCCUCCAGAUUUUGGCUGUGCUGUAGAGUACCCACCACAUAUGUUCUCUGCACACCCCAGGGGAAAAUAUUCAGAGAAGUCACGGUAACUCCAUAGCAGAGGGAAUGGGUGGGAAGGUGCAACUCUUGAUUUUAAGACUUAUACAGAAAUCCAGGCUGAUGUAAUUGGAGUUUUCAUUUUCCAGCUAAUAAAUCUUCUGGGUACACACCUGUGAACUCAGAAAGUCAUGGACUACACAAAAGUUGACUCUUCUCACUCCUCCGCUUCUCAUGAAAUUUAACGUGCAUAUUUGUGCGUGUAUGUAAAUGUGUGUGUGUAUAAAUGCGUGAGUGUAUAAAUGUGUGUCUACUUACAGGCUGACUGGAAAAGCAUAUCAAAUAUAUAUUUCAUGCCAAUUGCUUUCUUUCUGAGCAGUAUUUUAUGCUCACUCGAGUACAGCAUCCUGAAUACAUUGGGACAGGCUCCCUGGCAAAUUCUAAAUCUAGGUUUGCAUUUUUUAAAGAAAAGGUGCCAAUAAUCUUUUACUUUAGUUGAAGCAGAUUAACACAAAUUGUGCUGCUUUAUUACUGAAAAGACCUUUAAUAUGGAUUACAGUUAAUUGUAACACACCCAUACCUCUCUCUUCCUGCUGCAAUUAUUGAGAGUUACAUGUGUGGAAGAACUGAACCCUAACUUCAUCUUUUCUUCAGAGUAGAAGCCCAUAUUGUGACUGUAGCUGCAUGCAGGGACUUAGAAAUUCACGGAGCCCACCUAAAAUAUAGAUGAGCUCAAGAAAAAUAACAGAAAAAACUAUGGAACAAUGGCACAAUUGACUACUUUUUCAUGGCACAAAACUGACAGCGUCCAAAAUAGAGGUAGAGACUCUGUAAAGUGUCAGUUUUUCAAGUUAAUAUAUGUUGAUCACAGUGAUAUGCCGCUGCCAUGCACACUGGAAGUAAGGGUAGUAUUGUACGCUAACUUAUUAGUUCUGCUGGGAAUGGUGGAUGUUGAAGUUUCUUGUUUGUUUUGUAAUGUUGACAAUGGGCCUUGUGAGGAUUUUUACUACAAAAGCACUCAUGGAUGUAUAAUAAAUUAAUUUUUUUAAAGACUGCA